AUGCUGAACCGGUACCAAGCCGUAGUGAAUCGCAAACUCUCGCAAGAGGGCUACUACGACGCCGUGCGCCACCUUCUCCCCAUCAGCGCCCACCGCAAUUUACUGAACUCUAGCUACACACCUAUUAUCAACUUCCUUCAAGAAUGUCUGCUCAACCCGCGCUCGCAGUGGGCGAUCCAGUCGUCCUUGGUGUGGGAUCAGCUAGGGGUUACCUACGCCGUGCCGUUUGCUGGGAGGCUUUUCGCGGUCGACCCAGCCAGGCCUGUAACUGCACUCGUGGCUUUUGAGGACGCCAACCGCUACGUGGAGAUGGCCAGUGAGCGCUGCAGAACACUCAACAGCCUCCUGACGACUGGUGCGUCGCUUAAUGUCGUACGUAGGGCAGCUGCCACUACUGCAUCGCCGCCCUUGGCGGCACCUGAGCACACAGCAGUCAAGUCAGCGACAUCCACCGUCACCUUGGCCAGCAGUGCCGCCACAAGUGCGGAGGGGAAGCAGUGGGAAGCCUUUGAGACUAUUGGCCUGCGCCGCGAGGUGUUUGGCGACAUGUCACCUGCGGAAAUUGAGUUUUGGAAGUAUAUUCUUCGGCUGCAGCAGUCGCCUUCGCAGAUUCACGACAUCUCCUUUCACCUCGAAUUUGGUCCGCACCACAUGGACCUCAAAGAAAACGGCCGCUUCAUUCCUGUGACGCGGCUGAACCUGAAUCAGUUCAUCGAGGCGGUGGUAGCAAAACAAGACGAGGUGCACACGUACAUUAGCGAGGUCGCUUCUGGAACUCCGACACACAGCGACGCCUCCAGAGAAGCGGGAAGGGGAAGUGAGGGUUCUGCAGAUCGCUCUGCACCUCGCGUGGCGUCUACCACACCGACUACACCCCAGAUGCCAACGACGCAACAACAUGUCAAAAUCCCAGCGAAGCCGCCAACGCGCACCGUCGGACCUGAGGCGACCUCCGUAGUCGGUCACCCACAACGGGGAGUACACCGUGGCAACGAGGUGCACCUCACAUUACGCGACGUAGACUCAACGGUAGUGCGUUCUAUCAAGGAGUUGCGCUCGCAGUUUCAGCUCGGCCGGCUAACGAAAACCGAGUUGAAUGCGCGGCAGCUGCGCUUUUGCCUGCCCUGCCGUGAUGGUGUCUACAACCUUAUACCAAAUGGUCGACACAUCCAAGUGGCAACGGGCAACAUUGGCAUCUUCCUCCAGUACAUUGAAGAAGAAAGGAGACGUGUGGAGGCGUUAUCCCGGGGCGGGGCAGAGAACCCCGCAGGGCACGUAGGCUUGCACUCUUCUGAAGCAGUGACCUGCGGAAUCAGGUCGUUGAACGCCAUGCAGCGCGAUGAGGAGCGGGGCCCCGACACUGUAGACUUCGCCGACGCCGACGCAGGGUACUGGACGGACAAGAACGUGCUUGAUAUCUGGACGUACGAGUGCACCACAGAUUGCUUGUUGAAGUCUAGCAUGUCUCCAGAAGAAAUAGUGCGGCAGACGCAGCUGCAGUGGGACACAAACUUUCUUAGCAGCAAAGACAGCCCUUACACUGAUGCGUCGGCGAUCGGGUGUGUUAUCUUGCCCAAGGACGUCAAGACUUACCUGCGGCUCUUGCGCAGACGCUUGCAGUCCAUUCGAUUGGCAAUCUUAGACGCAGGCAAGUGCCCUCAACAGCCAUCCGAGUGGGAUAGUGCAGAGUGGGCUGAAGUUAGCCUGCCUGCGCCACCAGUUCUGGCCGCGAUCCAGGCAGAUGUUCACCUCCUCCCGCCCAUGCACGACAAUCUCAACAUUUUCUCGCCCACGUACAACACUGGUGACCUUUUAGCACCGCCGCAGUCACUUAACUUGUAG